AUGGCGACCGCAGGGUCCGCCGAACGGCCUGGCGCCCCGGUCAGAGCCGCCACCGGCAGAUGCUGGUCCGGGUCAGGCCUGGGAGCCGGGUGCGGGACCAGGUCUAGCCCGCCCGACGACGAGGGCAAUAAGUGUUCGGCGUGCGUGGAAGGACAGCCCGGCGGCAGCCCGCCCUGCGGACACCCGGCCUGCCCGCUCUGUCUGGCCCACAGACACUCCGGCAGCAGAGAGCGGCUCCGGAGGAGGAGCGACCCCGAGAGGAGUAGCAGCAGGCCGGGCAGGAGGGACCUCGACAACCGGAGAGGUCAGUGUGUUUACCAGGAAAGCUUAGCUCUUUAUCCGCUGUAUGAGCAUCGCCGCCGACCGUUUGUUUUCACUAAUACCCACCAGAAAACCGGAGAGACAGAAUCUAACUUUAUGUAACUUAAGCAGGAGUCCCGAGGAGGUGAUUACAGUCUGACAGGUAAAACUAACCUAGAGUCGGCUCACUCAUUGAUUGAGGAUUGAGUCCGAGCUGCUGCAGGAAAAACCGACCAGUCGGACUUUCUAAGAGCAGGGUCCCUGUGUAUGUUUGAGGUUUGAUUGGAGCAGAAACUGACCUCCAGUGAGCUUAGUGAGACUCGAAUCAGUGAAAAGACCAGAAAUCAGACAUGAGCAGAUUCCUGUCACUGUGAGCUUUACAGUCUCACCUUCAUUCACGUUAACGUGUUCACAGGGAGAGGACGUGUGUUCAGGAGUUUUCGGUCAGAUUUGUGGUGAGGUCUGCUGAUGGAGGACUUGUCUAGACUUGUGCUUCGGUAGGAGGAGCUGAAGUUUGUUAUUUUCUGCCUGUCUGUCUCCUUCAUCACCGUCUGUUUGACUAUGAGCAGUAGAAUUUGCUUCCGCUGAUCACAUGAUCACUGUUAUCAUCUACCUGUAUUCACUAGCUCUAGACUUUAGUCAAUAAUGUCACGCGCGUGUUUUCCCCCCCUUUUCCGGUGGUGUUCUUUUUUUAAAUGGGGUCCGUGCCUGAUUGAAUCAGUAUUAAUGUGACUUUAUUGCAGCUGUUAUGUCUCAGAGAGAAGGCUUUAUAAAGAGGACUGCUACAAACUCAAAAGUGUUGUGUUGAAUUCACUUAACCAGUAACAAAAAAAACUUAAGUUAUGUGGUGACAGAGGACUUCAUACAUCUAUAUUUAAUAGGGGUGGGAGAAAAAAUAAUGCAGACUAGUAUUGUGAUAUUUUGUCUGGUGAUAUAUCGUAUUGUCUCAUUUACCAAGUAUUAAUUUUUUUAAAUUAAUUGUUAAUAUGAAGUCAAAUCUAUGACAAUAAAAAAAAAAAUCAACUGUUUGUCCAGUGAGGUUGGCAGAGGUGACAUCAUAGAGCAGGAGAAAGUUACUGCAACAAAUAUAUAAGGUUUGCAAGAUGUGCUACAUGAAAAUAAAAUACAGCAUAAAUAAGACAAACAUAAAGAUAAAGACAAAUGCUAAAUUAGCCAAACAGAUAAAAUUUCUUUACAAAUUGUAAUAUAUUGUAUCACAUAACUCACCAUAUUGCAAUAUGUUAAAAAUCGCACUGAUAUCGUAUUAUGGGGCCACUAGUGAUUCUUACCUCUACUGUUGAAGUCUAUUUUAUUGAUUUCUGAGGUUUUUAUCAGUAGUUUUGAAUAUGCUUCAGUCUGAUCUUUGAGUAGCUCUGCUAAUAUGUGUCCUCAGAGUUCUUCGCAUCUCCUUCCAUCAUCCCUAAGGGUGCAGACUUUUUAUCAGCACUGAGCGGGAAACACAAGGUGAGUCUGAGUCGCUGCUUGGUUUGUCUGAGCUGUCUCUGAAUGUAGUGUGAGAUUUUUACAGUUGUGAGUGUUGUUUUGCAACUCUGAAUGGUUGGUGUGUUUCAGCUGCUGAUGUGUGAGGACAGAGAGGAGGUGAAGAGGAGAAACACUCUGAUCUGUAAAGAUGAGUCAGUUCGACACCAGAGCGAGCCUGUGAGUCUGAAUCCUUCACGUUUACUCCACCUAAAGAUGCAAACCUGGAGCUGUGAGAGCUAGGAAUUGUAAUGAAAACACAAAUGACUCUCUCCUGAAAAUGUUCAGUUUGGACCUCUUCAGUCUGCAGCAGCUUACUUGUUUCUUAAACUGUAUUUUUCAGGGAGUCCUGUCUGACUCAGAGAACGAGGAGCCAAUAAGCAGGAGGAUCAGGAAUAUCUCUGCCUUCAUCAGGAAAACCAAAAACUCUGCAGCUCUCACCAGGUGAGCACCAGAGGAACUCAGGAUCACAGCCAGCACUUACCUUAAAGCCUUGUGACCCCUGGUGUUUUCUUCUUCUUCAGUGGGUCUCAGAGGAGUCAGAGCUGCACAGACUCAGUGGAGGACAGAGGAGGGAAGCUUAAGGUGGUCCUGCAGCCCGCUAUGGUGGACAGGGUUCGUUAAACAAAUAAGUUUACUUAACCUGAGACAACACAUGAUGUUUCAUCAUAUAUUGUUGACCAAAACAAAAAAAAAAUCAAUUGAUGGUUUCCAAAUCAUUUAAAACUGAUGCUGAAAGUAGAGCAAAGAUAUCAGCUCCUCUGUCACCAACCCUCUGUAAAUCUUAGUGAACCCAGCAGACCAGGUUCUGGAGUCUGUGAGUGAAAUGAAGAAGAAGUGUUAUAAUGAUGGCUCAUCCUUCUGGUGUCAUAUAACAACUCUUCACCUGUUUGGUUCUUCCUCUAUUACAACGUUGUAGAAACAUCUCAUUUAAAAUGAGCAUAUUGAGAUUUUUCUAAAAUAAGGAGAGAAGAAUCUUAUAACCUAACAACUUAUGAGACCAUUUCUAAAAACUGAGGCUGUUUAAAAUAACAAGAUUCUUGGAUAUUCUAUUUGCUACUUUUGACUCAUUGUAGGGUAAAUGUUUCAAACUGUAUGGAUAGAUAUUAAAAAAACAGUGUUUAAACUAAGUAAGCUGAGAUGACAGAAAGUAAUAGUAAAACCUGGGGAGCUUCAUGCCUCCAGACUCAUAAGGUAAAUGUAACACUGACAUACAAAUUCAUGGGGUUUAUUGUUCCAUAUAAAGGAAGACACUAAACUUUGAACUUUUUUAAAAUAGGAUUCUGGUGGAGUAAUUAGACGGUUUUGAAAUGAAUAUAGAAAAUUAGGCAGACAGACAGAAGAUAUUUCCAUUCCAUUCAACGACUAAAACUCAGGAAAGGGAAAUGUUCCUUUUCAAAGUAAAUGUCUGCUCAGAGCCAUUUUCAGAGAAGCAAAGAGUGGUGUGUACUUCUAUCUCUGAUCCUUCCCCUCCUGUCCGUCAGGUUGGGAUCAGUCACAGCUUCACAGCGGGAAUCCUCCUCUCCUCUGAGAACAGUCGCUCUGUCUCUGCCCCCAUCACUGCCCCUGACCGCAAGCUCACUUGGCGAGCUGUCAUCACAUCAUCGUCCACUCCUGUGGUCCUCCCUCCGCCCCGGCUCGAGCACUCCAUCAGCCCUGAGAGCAAUGACAGCAUCUCUGAAGAACUCAACCACUUCAAACCCAUUGUCUGCUCUCCAUGCACACCACCCAAACGGCUGCCGGAUGGCCGUCUGAUGGAGCCGACCAUUGUGAAGUCCACGCCAAGAAACCUGACACGGGGCCUGCAGAAGGCGACCAGCUACGAGGCCAGCCCCGCUGUCCUGCAGAAGUGGAGGCAGAUCGAACUCGACCGCCAGAGUCUCAAGGAUAAUUCAAAGGCAACGCUAACGAGCCCGAUCAACGAGAUUUUCAGCAAGACCAUAGGAGGGGAGGACGAACGAGAAGGUGUCGCUAAGACCUGCAAGUCCCCAGCACGACGGGACGGGGACGCCACAAUGAGCAUCAACAAGAGGAAGCUGCUCUUCGACCCUCCAGUCGGGGACACAGACGCCCUGCAGAAACAGUCUGUGAAGAUCCGGGUCCCUGCAAUCCGCUACAACAGUGAAGCAACUUUCAGAGGAAGUGCAGACUUUGAGACGACAGGUGGUGCUCCUGAAUCUUUCGGUGGAGGAGCAAUUUUCAGCCACAGACAGUCAUUCUCACCAUACACUAAAAACUCUGGUUUCCAGUCGUGUAAAUUAGUGCCAAAGGACUCACAGAGUCCCAGGAGGGAGUCUGACAGCAGCCUCCACAACCAGUCUACCUCAAGGAGGGGCAAGAAGAAGGAGCAGAAGACCAAACACCUGGACUCAGAGAGGGACUCGGACCUGAAGAGGACACGGGUGGUGGGACAGGAGGAAGAGCGGUACGUCUGUCAGAUCCAGCAGGAGCGUCAGGACAGAGCUCUUGCCCUGAAGCUGCAGAGGCAGUUUGACCUGGAGAACCAAACCGGCAGCUGCAGGAGGAGCCCAGACUCUUACUUCCUGCGGUCCUGGAAGUCCAAUCAGAACCGCAGGAGGCGUGGUCUAAGGAGAUCCCGACGAAUCAAUAAGAAGCACUAG